GCAGUGCAGAGAGUGAAACAGGUUCUUCUCCUCCGAACGAGCAGCAGCGUGCACGGACGUCCUCGGCCGACAUGCCUAACUUUGCCGGCAUCUGGAAGAUGAGGAGCAGUGAGAAUUUCGAUGAACUUCUCAAAGCCCUGGGGGUGAACGCCAUGCUGAGGAAGGUGGCGGGCGCGGCGGCGGCCAAACCCCACGUGGAGAUCCGUCAGGACGGGGAGCAGUUCUACAUCAAGACCUCCACCACCGUGCGCACCACCGAGAUCAACUUCACCAUCGGGGAGGAGUUCUGCGAGGAGACGGUGGACGGACGCAAGUGCAAGAGCCUGCCCGUCUGGGAGACUGAGAACAAGAUCCACUGUAACCAGACCCUGGUGGACGGGGACGGACCCAGGACCUUCUGGACCCGGGAGCUGAACGGGGAGGAGCUGGUUCUGACAUUUGGAGCAGACGAUGUCGUGUGCACACGGAUUUACAUGCGAGAGUGAAGAUCGGAAGCGCAACAGGCCAGAUGAACAAGGGAAACGCGACAAGCCUGAAAUACUGCCAUUGAAACCAGUUUGCACCGGUUUAACAUAUCAAGUCGAAACAAUCAAAAAACAAAGUAACAAUGCAUUCUGUUUUGUGUCGUGUUAUGUUGUGUUACAGCUGAAGCUAGUUGUAUGUAUUGUGUAUGUAACAGCAGCUCUUUUUUGUGGUGUGGUUGACAGUAACUGUCUCUCUGGAUGCUUAACGUUCAUAACGUGCAAGCUCUGUUGUUCAUGUGUUAGAAUAGGCUCUCUAAGGCAAUCACAAAUCAAUGGAAAACAAGAAUAAAAAAGUCAAUAAAAAACAAUAAAGACAACAGCCUGUGGA